CUUUUUACAAAGUUGUUCACUGUUUUGUAACUUUUGUUGUUAAGGUGUUAAGCUGGAUUUUUUCUGUUAAGCUGUUAAGUUGUAAAUUUGUUUUUAACUUUUUAUUGUGUUAAUGUGACAGUUUUGAUAGAAGGUGACGAUUAAUGACAUCAAAUGCUUCCACUACACCAUCUGUUGGAUCAACCCCCACCACCACGGGUGCACAUAAACGUAAUUCAGAUGAUGUUGGUUGGGAAUAUGGUUUUAUCCCGGAUAAAAGCAACAUGGAGAGAUUGCAAUGUAUCUUGUGUGGAAAAACAUUUAGGGGGGAUUUCUAGAAUGAAACAACAUAUUGCUCAUGUGAGGGGUAAUAUAUCCUCAUGUCCAAAGUCUACAAAAGAUGAUCAAUUGAAAUGUAAAAAUUCUCUUAAUGAAGGGAAGCUAAAAAAGAAAGCUAAACAAGUGCAUAAUGAAGGCUUAAGGGUGGAGGUGAGACAAGAAUUUCAUGAAGCAGAAAAUUCUUUGGGGUCAAAGGCACCCAAUGUUAUAGGCCCCAUGGAUAACUAUGCAAACAUAAUAAACCCAGAAGAAGGUUUGAAGGAGGGAAAGGGAAAAAAUGUUGAUCUUAACAAUAUUGUCCGAAAAGAAAGAAUAUUAAUGGUCCAUAAAUUCAUUAGUAGGUGGGCAUAUGAGAGUGCGAUUCCUUUUCAUGCCUUUGAAAGGGAUAGCUUCAAAAUGAUGUUGGAGGUUAUUGGCCAAUUUGGAACCGGGCUUCCAUGUCCUACUAGAUAUGCUUUGAGUGACCCACUUCUAAAGCAUGAGGUUGAAAGAACAAAAAAAAUUGUUGAAAAAAAACGAAAAGGGAUGGAAAGAGGAUGGAUGCUUGAUUAUGACCGAUGCUUGGUCCGAUCGAAAGAGAAGAAGCAUUAUGAAUUUAUGUGUUAAUUCAAAGAUGGGUACCGUUUUUUUAUCUUCAAAAGAAUGUUCCGGUGAAGCACAUACAAGCCAACACAUAUAUGAGUAUGUGGAAUCUUGCAUUCAACAAGUUGGUCCCGAGAAUGUUGUUCAAGUUGUGACAGAUAAUGCCAUGAAUAACAUGGGGGCGGCGAAGUUGCUAAAAGAGAAAAGACCAUCUAUUUUUUUUGGACAUCAUGUGCGACACAUACCAUUAACCUUAUGCUUGAAGGUACAUACAAAGAAACGAAAUAGAUUGGAGACAAGUAAAUUGAACAAUCUUGUUUAUGUUCAAUUCAAUGCAAAUUUAAUGGAAAAAAACAAAAAGAGAAAAGAUAGAAACAUGGAAGUGUUAUUAGCAAAUAAUUCUCUCUCGGCUCAAGAAUGGAUUGUUGAUUAUGAUGAGUGUGAUGUAGAUGAAGUAGAUCCUAAAACGGUUGAUGAAGCUCUAGCAACAGAUGUUAGUCAAGCACCCCGAGAAAGUCCAAGAACGAGGGAACUAUUAGAUGAAGAUUUCGAGUCCGAGAGUGAGAUUGAGGAGCAAGUGUUGGAAGAAGAAGAAUACGAGUCGGAUGGUGUUCAGAUAAUGAAAGUAUGCGGAGAAGAUUAG